AUGACGAUCGUAGAGAUGCAUGUGAACAUGGACUGCGACGGCUGCGAGGGCAAGGUCAGGAGGGCCCUGGAAAAACUCGAAGGAGUGCACCACGUAAGCAUAGACAGGAUGCACGGCAAGGUGACGGUCACGGGAUCGGUGAGCCAGAAAAAGGCGCUCCGCGCGGCGCGGCGCACGGGCAGGCUCGCCGUGCUGUGGCCGUCCGCCUACAACCCGGCGUACCACCAAGCCCACCCGCAUCCGGCGGCCUACUACCAGUACCAGUACCAGUACCAGUACCAGGCCAAGCCCGCCGCGCAGGCGCAGCAGCACCAGUACUACAGCAGCGUCCCGCGCGCCGGCAAGAACAGCGGCAGCGGCGUCCCGGCGGUGGCCAGCAGGAAGCCGGUGGCGCAUCAGUACCCCCAGGCCAAGGCCAGCUCCUACAACUAUCGUGUCCACGGGUACUAUGACUCCGACCUCUACGGGAACUACCAGGAGGAGCCCGGCGAGGUAGUGCCAGCCGCCGUGCGGAACUACUUCAGUGACGAGAACCCGAGCGCUUGCUCGAUCAUGUAG